AGUCACUUAAAAGGAGGCUUCCAUCGUCUCCAGACCUCAGUUCAUAUUUGGGAAUCUUCUGAAUUUGCAAAAAAGAGAAAGAUCGUGAAGUGAAUUACGAUGAAAGUCUGUACUCUUGUGGUUGUGUUUGCUAUUGUAGGGAUCAUUGAAGUGACUGGUCAUGGAAUGCUUCUGAAUCCUGUCAAUCGAGGAUCACGCUGGCGCUAUGAUCAUACAGCAAUUGCUGAUUACAACGAUAAUGGCAAUUUCUGUGGAGGAUUCUAUGUUCAACACAGUGUCAAUGGGGGAAAGUGUGGACUUUGUGGUGACGAUUACAGGGCACCAACUCCACGUGAACACGAAGACGGUGGAAAAUACGGCCAAGGAGUGGUCGUGGCAAACUAUCAACGAGGAGCAACCAUUCCCGUCUCAGUGCUAAUCACAGCCAAUCAUUUGGGCUAUUUCUACUUCAAUCUCUGCAAUUUGGACACAAACAAUGGACGUGAAUCUGACGCAUGUUUUGCCCAAUAUUCCCUCAAAACUUCCUCAGGAACACCACAGUAUUACCUAAAUUCUGCUGCCGUGGGAUACUACAACUUCACAGUUACUCUCCCGGCAAAUGUCUCGUGCAAACGCUGCGUGCUGCAGUGGACAUAUCACGUAGGCAACAAUUGGGGAUACUGUGACGAUGGAACCGGCAAACUUGGAUGUGGACCACAAGAAAAUUUCCGGACAUGCUCAGACAUCUCAAUCAGCUAAAGAUUAUUACUAAUAAAUAGUUCGACUGCUUAAUUUCUGUGUUCCUACCUUGUACUCUUUAAUAAAGAGAUUCAUAUAGAUAA